UCUCCGUCUCGGGAGACUUUCUUCCCAUGCUUUCCUAUAUAUAUACAUAGAAACCCUUUUGCAACAUAAUAUAUAACCAUAAACCAUUCUCAUUCACAAAAAUAGAAAGGCACCCAUAAUUCACUCACUCAGAGAGACCCACCACCACUAUCAUUAUCAUCUUCUUCUUCACAAUAUGCUUUUCUUUUUUUAUCUCCUGGCCUUGAAAUGAACCCUAUUUAGGGUUUUUUUCCUGGAGAUUUUCAGCUGUUUUACUUUCCUUUAGCUAGAUAGUUUUUUUUUUUUUCCCAAGAAGAUCAGAAAAAGGUACGCAAAAAAUGGGGAGAGGUAGGGUUCAACUUAAACGAAUCGAGAACAAGAUCAGCCGGCAAGUGACAUUCUCGAAGCGGCGGACCGGGUUGCUGAAGAAAGCACAUGAGAUCUCAGUGCUAUGCGAUGCUGAGGUCGCUUUGAUCGUGUUCUCCACAAAAGGGAAGCUCUUUGAGUUUUCCUCUGAUUCAAGCAUGGAGAGAAUACUGGAACGAUAUGAAAGGUAUUCAUAUGCUGAAAGACAGAUUGUUGCAACUGAUUCUGAAUCACAGGGAAACUGGACUCUGGAAUUCCCCAAGCUCUUGGCCAGAACUGAAGUUUUACAAAGGAACAUAAGGAAUUUCUUGGGAGAAGAUCUGGAUCCCUUAAGUUUAAGAGAGCUCCAAAAUCUUGAGCAACAACUUGAUACAGGUCUGAAGCGAGUACGAACAAAAAAGAAUCAACUUAUGCAUGAAUCCAUUACGGAGCUGCAGAAGAAGGAAAAAGCUUUGCAGGAUCAAAACAACUUGCUUGCUAAAGAGCUCAAGCAAAAUGAAAAGACAGUACUGGUCGAGCAUGCACACCGGGAGCAGCCAAGCAUAGGCCAAAACUCAAGCACCUUCAUGCUAUCCCCACAACAGUCGCCAGUACCAUUGACGCUAGCACUUCCUUCUCUAACUAUCGGUGGGACUACUUUCGGGGCAACAGCAAUAGUAGAUGAAGAUGCUGGAUCACAGACUCAGCCUAGUACCACCACGCUUAUGCCACCAUGGAUGCUCCGCCACAUGAAUGGAUAGAGUCACCAAGCUGAGGCUUUUUGAAGUGGAAAAGAUAACGACAUACAAUCCUUGUAAAGUUUAAUAUGAUGUUGCUCCAUCACGUCACUGUAUUUCGAAAUUUCAAGUCUCUCGAGACUGCACCUUUUCUUCUUAAAGAGUUCUUGGGCCCAAUACUGCAGUUUGCAUAUGGGCGUGGCUGAUA